AUGGGCAUCUGGGACUCUCUCACCGGACGCAAGUCCAAGGACACGGCAUCCGCCUCGCCCCAAAAUUCCGACUUUGUGAAAGAAGACACUUUCCAGCCCACACCCUUCGAUCCCAACACGGCCAUCCAAAAUCCUUCAGAAUUUCUCCUCGACCCCUCGCAACUACAUCCUCUCGCAGGCCUCAACCAAGACACUCUCGACUACCUGUCACUAGAAGAUUCCGUCUUAUCCGACCUGCCUGGCGCACAAUCCGCUUUGCCUUCCCGCGGCUGGUCAGACGACUUAUGUUACGGCACAGGUGUAUCAUACCUCUCUGCGCUGACUAUUGGAGGAGCAUGGGGGCUUGCUGAAGGACUACAAAAGAACCCGCCUAGCAUGGCGCCACGGUUGCGAAUCAACGGUGUGCUCAACGCGAUAACACGACGAGGACCUUUCUUGGGAAACAGCGCGGGUGUGAUUGCCAUGGUGUACAAUGGCAUGAACAGCACUAUUGGGUACUACCGGGGCAAGCACGAUAUGAGCAACAGCGUGGUGGCGGGCGCUUUGAGCGGUGCGCUGUUCAAGAGCACAAGAGGGACAAGGCAGAUGGCUAUCAGCUCAGGAAUCUGCGCCUCUGUAGCAGGAGGAUGGGCGAUAACACGAAAAGUCUUCUUCGAACCUGACCUAAAAUCAGUCGAUUAA